AUGACCAAAACAAAUUAUACUUUGGUGACUGAGUUCAUCCUGUUGGGAUUAACAGACACGCUGGAGCUACAGAUUAUCCUCUUUUUGCUCUUUUUUGUGAUUUAUACACUUACAGUUUUGGGGAAUGCUGGGAUGAUCUUCUUAAUCAGGGCUGAUCCCCGACUUCACACACCAAUGUAUUUCUUCCUCGCUAACCUGUCCUUUGUGGAUAUUUGUUACUCUUCCACCACAACCCCAAAGAUGCUGGUGGAUUUAUUGUCAGAGAAGAAAACCAUCUCCUUUGCUGGAUGCUUUCUGCAGUUGUACUUCUAUAUCGCCUUGGCCACCACUGAAUGCAUCCUCUUUGGGUUAAUGGCCUAUGACCGUUACGUGGCCAUAUGCAACCCUCUCCUUUACUCCUUGAUCAUGUCCAGGACAGUCUGCCUUAAGAUGGCAGCAGGGGCUUUUAUGGCAGGAUUGUUAAACUCCAUGGUUAACACAAGUUAUGUAAGCAGCUUGCCAUUCUGCCGUUCCAAUGUCAUCCACCACUUCUUCUGUGACAGCCCUCCACUUUUUAAGCUCUCCUGUUCCGACACACACCUGGAUGAAAGCAUCUUUUCCACUUUCGCUGGUGUGAAUAUGGUGGGGGCUCUGCUAGUCAUCUCCAUCUCCUACUCCUACAUUCUCUUCUCCAUCUUUCGUAUUCAUUCAGGGGAGGGGAGGCGCAAAGCAUUCUCAACGUGUGCUUCUCACCUGACAGCUAUAAUUCUGUUCUAUUCCACCACCAGCUAUACUUACCUGAGACCUAGUUCCAGCUACUCCCUGAGUCAGGACAAAGUGGCUUCAGUGUUCUACACAGCGGUGAUCCCCAUGUUAAAUCCUCUGGUUUACAGUCUCAGGAAUAAAGAAGUAAAGAGUGCUUUAGGGAAUGUAAUUACCAGGAGAAAGAUUCCUUCAUUUCGGUGA